AUGUCUAGAACACAAAGGAAAGACGACAGACACCUGUUCACCAGUUCGUCCACGUGUCCGCUGAAGGUGCAGGAGGACCAGCAACAGAAAGAAAAAUAUGUCAUUGCUCAACCAACAUUUGUUUUUGAGAAAGAAGAACACAAAUUUAAGAGACCUGCAGAAGACAGCCUGGACGAAACAGCAGAGCUUGAAUUCACUGGUUUUUUGAGAAAGCGUAUAAGGUCUUCAUCUGUCACGCUUCAUACUACAAAUUCUCAGUCUCUAGGAGUGGCAGCCUUGUCUCAGACACGCCUGAGGUCCUCAUCAUUCACUGAUGUCCCAACCUUCCCUCCAUCCAGGCCAGUGAGGAAAAACAAUGUUUUUAUGACAUCACAUCUGCUGCAAAGGAGUGAUGACAUGAACAAUGUAGACCAAGGUCCCCGGGUGAGACCUUCGGAACAUGUUCUAAGACCCGCUGUUCUGCAGCCGUCUCAAAUUCAUGGCUGUCAAAAAGUAGGCACAACAUUUGUUCCUGGUGCAUCGAAAUCCUGCAAAACUAAAGAAAAUGCUGAGCAGAAGAUUUCUGAAGCUAACCCUAAUUUACUAAGUGAAAAUUCACCAACUGCCAAGAGUUCAGUCCAGCUGUCUACUGAUCCAUGCAUUUCAGAGGCACCAUCAGGAUGCCAACCAAAGGAAGAUAAGUGUUCUCUUAAAAGCUGCAGUUCUGACUUCAUUUUUGGAGAAAACAUGGUAGAAAGAGUUUUGGGCACUCAAAAGCUUACCCAGCCUCCACUUCAAAAUCUUUCAUAUACCAAGGAAAAAACAUUCAAAUCUGUUCUGAAAUUUCCUAAUGCUGCUUCAAAUUCAAACUCUAUUAAAAACAUAUCUCUAAUCGAAUCAGCUGCUGCUUUUUUCUCCAAACCAUCACAAAAAUGCUUACUUGAGAAAAUUGAUGUCAUAACAGGAGAGGAAACAGAACACAAUGUGUUAAAGAUCAACUGCAAGAUCUUUGUAUUCGACAAAGCCACACAAUCCUGGAGUGAAAGAGGCCAAGGGAUUUUGAGACUGAACGACACAGCUGGCCCUGAGUGUGGAACACUGCAGUCAAGACUAAUCGUGCGCAACCAAGGAAGCCUGAGGCUGGUCCUCAAUAGCAGACUCUGGGCUCAGAUGAAGAUUCAAAGAGCAAAUCAUAAAAAUCUGCGAAUAACUGCAACUGAUUUAGAAGAUGAUGGUAUAAAAAUAUUUUUAAUUCAGGCUAGUGCCAAAGACAUAGGCUACCUGUAUGCAGCAAUACACCACCGUCUUGUCGCCCUUCGAAGCCUCGGUAAGCAGGGUGAUGGUGGUCCAGCUGAAAGCCAGUCGGAUACAGUUCUCCCGCAGUUCAAUGACGAGAGCUGUGAGGAGGAUGAUGAUGACAUCAUACAAGUCACUAAAAAUGGAUCAGAUCCUUCAAGGUGGAGCCACAGACAGUCAAUUGUCUGUUCAUAAGUCCUCUCUGCUAUAAACAUGACAUCUACAGAAAGAGUGGCCACUCUACUGGAAUGCCAGACCAUCCUAACUGGGAAGACUCUACUCAUACCUAAAGAGUUUUAGUUUUUUUUUUUUUUUUAAAUUAAAGAAACAAACACAAUUUAUUGUAAUUAACAGUUUUAUGUUUUAUAUUUUCAUUAUUGUGGAUAGAAUUUAAGAAAUGAACUUCAGAAUUUAUCUUUUUGUGGAUUACUUUAGAAUAGGAUUUGAUAACUAAUUUCAAGUAUUCAUCACAUUGAUGGAUAUAUUAAUUAAAAGUACAAAUUGUUGGCUUUGACAAAUAUCUAAAGUAUUUAUUGUAAGUCAUACAUUGUCUGGCUAUAAAAUAUAGAUUAUAGAAUAUAUAGAAUAUAGAAUAUUUCACUAAAUUUACAGGCAUCUCUUAAAAAUAUGAUAACUGGAAGGCACUUCAUUAAAUCAUGUAUACCUUCUGAGAAAGGUGUAUUUUCACUUACACUUUGAAUUUCCCAAUGCAUAUAUUCAAGUAAGAAUUCUUUUACAAGAGUGUCCAUUUGUGGACUUUCAUCUGUUACAUCUUAUGUAUUUGACUCAAAGUCAGCUCACAAGAGUUGAUGAAUAAUUGAACAAAAUGUAAUAUAUUACCUAUGUGUCAAAAAAUAUACAGAAGCCAAAUAUCAAUGUGCUUUAUUUAUGUGAUUACCUUCAUAGUUUAGUAGGUAUAAGGCUAUGUAGAAGCAAUUUUAUAACAAACAUAUCAUAUAUGGCCAAAUGAGUAUCUCAAAUUCCAUUAUUAUAAUAUAGUAAUAUCAUUAAUUUUUAGCAGAUGUUUUAUGCCUUUUUGAUAUUUCAGAGAUACUUUAUGAAACACACAUAAAAAUCCAUGUCAGAAUUUAGGGCCAUAUUUUAUUAGUAACCCUAAACAAUCUCAUUACAGGAUAAAGAUUCAAGAUCCUAAAUGGUUUUGAAUGUGUUCCGAACCCUGAUAUGCUUAUAAUAAGGGUGUAACUUUACAAACUGCUACACUGAAGAAAAUAUUCUUUGGAAGCGUACGUAUAAAUAUAUAUUUUAAAAGUUGGCAAUGCUUUGUUGCCUCCAGACAAGAGAAGUAUCUGCAUAUGCAUUUAUUAACAAAAUCUCAGCUUAAAUCAGCAUACAACUGCUGAGUAAGGUCUUCUAGAGUAGGGUUUAAUUAAUAUGUUCAGAAGAGAAAGAAAAUUUAUAAAGAGAAAGACUUACCAUCAGGGGACGGCGUAAACACAGAUAAUUAAGAUUAUUUCUUUCUCCCCCUGUUCCAUCACAGAAUACAAAUCAGCGGAUAAUUCUUACUAGAAAUAUAAUCAGGGAGACAUCUGAAGAAGAUGUGAAAGUAUUGGUUCACCUAUAGGAUCUUAGCUUUGAGGGAACAUUACGCUUAUACGAUGAUUUUUAAAGCAAAGCAGAGAACAGAGACCUUCUUUAUCUCUUGGCAUGUUUUUUCUUGUUCCCAUACUGGAAUGGAAAUGAAGCAAAUGACUAUUCUUUUGUGUGUUCCAAAUAUUUUAAUAUAAGUUGAAAUGACUGAUCUUCUUUGGUCUUUGGUACAGGGGGCAAAUGAGAAAGAGACUUACUUGUAACCUAUGCAGAAAUGCCAGGAAGUCCCCAUGUAGGUUAGAAUGUCAGCAAGGCAGAGAGACAGAACCAACUUCAGGGUCAUGAAACAGUGACAAAGAACAGAAACAUGACAUGGUACAAGAGUCCUCCAUCUUGAUUAGAAGAAACAUUUCCUAGUUUUUCUUUACUUUGUAUCUUCAUCUAGCCUCCCACUGCCCCUACUUUU